AUGUCGGACGCCAGGGGCCACUACACGAAUCCAACCGUCGACGACGACGACUUGAUCGACCCGGACGAUGCUGAUAUUAAUGACUUCGAUGACCCUCUCGCUUCACAAUCGACGCGACAGCCCCCCUUGACUGGCAACAUUGGCUCUGCGCCGUCGACACGCCCACUGAAUGAAUCGUACCUGACAUCCCAAUUCCCAGGAGAAGACAGGAGAGCUCCCCAAAAUACUAUCGACGAAACAGUGUGGGAGACAUUGCGCCGAGAUCUCUUUGCAGUAUGGGUAAAACUUAGGGAAGUUCUCUACCCCCGUUACCUCCUUGGCGGCUCCAUGUUCGAGUCAGAAGGUGGUUUCCGCGGUGCAUACUCGAAUAUCCGUGGCGCAGGUCUUGCUGGAACAAGAGAGGAGCUCACAGGAUUGGCCAACCGCGCUGUUGAUGCAGAGGCUCUUCUUCAGAGCUCCCUUAGCCCUGGCUUGCGGGACUGGGACCUUUGGGGCCCUCUGAUCUUCUGCCUUCUUCUGAGUCUCCUUCUGAGUUUCUCCCCUCGUGCACAGCCAGAGCAGAAAGACGUUAUCUUCAGUGGAAUCUUUGCAAUGAUUUGGCUAGGCGAGGCCGUUGUGACCCUUCAAAUCCGCUUGCUUGGCGGCAACAUCUCCUUUGCGCAAAGCGUGUGCAUCAUUGGCUAUACGCUGUUCCCGCUUGUUAUCGCCGCGCUCCUCUCCGCCCUUGGUUUGCCUUGGAUCCCUCGCAUUCCGAUAUACCUCUUUCUGGUUGGUUGGUCUCUCGCUGCAGGUGUUAGUAUCCUAGGUGGCAGUGGCGUUGUCAAAAACCGAGUUGCCUUGGCCGUGUACCCCAUGUUCAUCUUUUACUUGGGCCUGGGUUGCCUUUGCUUCAUCAGCUAG